UGGCCUCCACACAGCCGCCACCGACACCGACACCACCGAGGAUGAACCGACCAGCCAGCGGCCCUUCACUUCCCGGAGCGGAGACGGACGUCAAGCCGAAGCAGAGGCAUCGGUAGAGGCGAGCCGCACCGGGGAGAGCCGCCUCACAAUCCCAUGCCACCCCGGUCUCCUCCAUGCCUUCGUCUAAAGCCAAGUUCAGCUAUUCGAUAAAGAGGGGUGCAAACCCGGACAGCGGCGGCGGCAGAAACAUGACAACCAACAGGGAUUAUUCUGUUAAUCUGUCAGUGCAGCAAGUGCUGAGCCUUUGGGUGCAAGGGACGACGCUGCAGCACUUCACAGAGAUGUGGUACUGGGUGUUCCUGUGGUGUCUCUUCUCCUCGCUCUUUGUCCACGGGGCGGUGGGGCUGCUCAUGUUAGUCAUGCUGCAGCGCCACAAGAGGGGCCGCCUCAUCACCCUGGUGCUGGUCAGCGUGGGUUUCCUGGCCUCCCUCUCUGGAGGCGUCAUCACCAGCGCGGCGGUGGCGGGGGUGUACCGCGUGGCGGGGAAGGACAUGGCACCGCUGGAGGCUCUGGUGUUCGGCUUGGGCCAGACAACCCUCUCUGUCAUCAUAUCUUUCUCACGCGUCAUGGCCACUCUGUGAAGCGACCCCCUCGACGAGUUGAAGGACAGACGCCGCCACGAGAGGAGCCGACGAAUCGAGCCAAUCAGAGACUUAAAAAACGCUCGUCGUGGCCGCGUUUGUGGAGGCAGAGGAGGAAGCAGAAAUGCUCUGGACCUUUGGGGCUGGAUGCAGCACAGAGAGAGGGAGAGAGAGCCCCCCGAUGUCUCUGUUCUGUUACUGCCACAUUCACAGGAGCCCCUUCUCUGCAAUUCAGAGGGAACUCAAUGCGGACCGACUGUCUUCGUGUCACAGAGCCGCACCAGGCGGAGACGGCGCCAUCCUCAGCUUCUGGACUGAAAGCCAUGUUCGGGGUGUUUCCAGAGUUACAUCACUUCUUUGUGCCAAUGGCCUUCUCUGGGACAUCCAGAUGCCUUUGUGGCCACUGACUCUUGAAGGCUUUCUGUUGCACUUGUGGAGGAAAGGGGUUUUUUUUUAAAGAAAAAAAACAGCAACCUGUAACGAUGAUCUGACGAGCUUGUGAUCCUUUAGCGAUCAGAAUGCAUUUUAAAGCGCCAUGUGAGAACAAAAGUUAAGCAACGAGGGGCGUUUUUAGGGAGCGACAACCCAACAGUGUUCAUCAGCAAAAACACCUUUUUUGUCAGUAUUAAAUAUCAGCCUCACCUCUCAGUCAUCUAGUACAGAUUAUCACGAUCAUUCCUUUUUUCCUUAUACUGCUUAAAAGCUGCAGCAUCCAACUCACGAGCAAGACGCAGCUUUAAAUUUUGCACUUUGUAAACGUUGGAGACGCUCUUUGCCCGAGAGGUCUGAAAUCAGUUGAGGUGGGGAUGAAAACCAGCAUCAGUGCUAUGUUCAGUUUGUCUCGAACGAUUCAUUGUGUGCCAACGACAGCUGCAACUGGAGUUAAAGGGACAGUUCAGCAUUUUGGGAAAUAUGUUUAUUUGAUUUCUUGAUGAGAUUUUGAUGAGUGAUACCUAUCUCAUAUGAAGCUAGAGUCAGGAGAUGGUUAUCUUAGCUUAGCAUAAAGACUGCAAACAGCUAGCCUUACUUUGUCUAAAGGUAACAACUGUCUACCAGCACAUCUAAAGCUCACUAAUUAACAUGUUAAAUCUUGUUUGUGCAAUCUGUACAAAACUAAUUUGGAAAAACGAAGCUCAAAAAUGACAAUUUGUUGGGUUUUGUUGGACUAUUUUUACCUAUUACCCACUGUAAAAAAGCAAAUAGUCAUUUUUGCACUUUUUUGUGUGAAAGUUUAACAAAUGAGUUAUGACGUGUGACUUAUUUUUAGAGAUGCUGACACAAGCAGAUUUUGUUACCUUCACACAGAGCCAGGCUAUUUGUUUCCCUUUGUUUCCAUUCUUUGUGCUAAGCUAAGCUAACUACCUUCAUAUUUACAGUACAGACAGGAGAGUGGUAUCCAUCUUUGUAUCCAACUCGCAGCAAGAAAGUGAAUAAAUUUACUCCACAAAAUGUCAAACUUUUCCUUACAUGCAGACAGAAAGGCCUAUAUGAGCCCUCAGUAGU